GAAGAGAGUAUGCUUGAACCACUUAAGCGAUAAGGGGCACUGCUGCGACCACAACAACCGUGUAGGCUAGUGCCAAAGAGGAGAUUUUCAUAACUGUUGAUCACGGCAAGAUGUUUGUAUGGUAGCUAUUCUCAAUACUCAUUCAGGACACUCUAUGUAGGAUUCUGGUCGUGAAAAUCAACUCUGAUUGGGAGAUGGCGACAUAUGUAGGGACUACGUUGAUAUGGUUUAAGACUACACACACGUUGCCUACCUUAGACAGCAUAGAUGAGUCUUCUCGUAUUCCUGACUGAGUCGAUAACGUCACCUUCGGAUAGGUAUGACACCAUCCUGGCUGUCACCGACAGGUUCUUGCACAUGAACCUGACUGCGAUGGAGAAAGCGCAUAUUUCGAAAUUGCUCUCGAGCGCCGACGGACCAGCAGACACGCUGACAUGGACCCUCAGUAUGAUACAUGGACUACAACUGUCUAGUGAUGAUACAGGACGCGCUAAGGCGAGCGAACAACGGUGGAAUAGUGGCUCAUCAGUGCACGGAGAGCCGAUUGUGUGCUCGGCGGAUACAACAGUGGAGCUACCGGGGUGGGUAAUGCAAAAGAUUGUUCGACUGAGAAUGUUUCGAUUGAUGGGUCUGGGGUUGUGCAUCGGUGUAAGGACACCGGAAACGUGUUCGAGGCGCUGCGGAAGUCGAGAGUGCAUCGGGUCGGUGGACGGGCUAGGGAACAGCGACAGGAAAGGAUCCCAUUCCAAUUGCUAUUGAAUGUUGGAAUACGGCGUUGAUGUAAUGGUUCUGGAGAUGGUAUGUAUCAUGUAUCGUUGUUUUGUUCGUGUGCGGGUA